AUGCCGCCGCCGCCGCCGCUCGCGAUGCUGCCGCUGCUGCUGCUGCUCCUGCCGCGCCUGCCCCGCGCCGAGCCGCUCUCCUACCCCGCCGUGAUCUCCCCGCAGGACCCCACGCUGCUCAUCGGCUCCUCGCUGGUGGCCACGUGCACGGUGAGCCCGGACACGCGGCUGCGGGCCGAGGAUCUGUACUGGACCCUCAACGGGCGGCGCCUCCCGGCCGCCUCCUACGCCGCGCUGGGCCCCUCCACGCUCAGCGUGGCCCUGGCCCGCCUCAACGGCUCCAGGCAGCAGUCGGGGGACAACCUGGUGUGCCACAGCAGAGACGGCGGCAUCCUGGCCGGCUCCUGCCUCUAUGUUGGAUUACCCCCAGAGAAACCAGUCAACAUCACUUGCUGGUCCAAAAACAUGAAGGACCUGACCUGCAAGUGGGCGCCAGGGACAGAAGGGGAGACCUUCCUGCACACCAACUACACCCUCAAGUACAAGCGCAGGUGGUACGGCCAGGACAACACCUGCCAGGAGUACCACACGGCCGGCACCUACUCCUGCCACAUCCCCAAGGACCUGGCCCUCUUCACGCCCUACGAGAUCUGGGUGGAGGCCUCCAACCGCCUGGGGGUGGCCGUGUCUGACGUGGUCAUGCUGGACAUCCUGGACGUGGUCACCACGGACCCUCCGUCCGACGUGCACGUCAGCCGGGUGGGCGACCUGGAGGACCAGCUGAGCGUGCGCUGGAGCUCCCCGCCGGCGCUCAAGGAUUUCCUCUUCCAAGCCAAGUACCAGAUCCAAUACCGGGUGGAGGACAGCUCCGAGUGGAAGGUGGUGGACGAUGUGGGCAACCAGACCUCGUGCCGCCUGGCCGGCCUGCGCCCCGGCACCGUCUACUUCGUCCAGGUGCGCUGCAACCCCUUCAGCAUCUACGGCUCCAAGAAGGCCGGCAUCUGGAGCGACUGGAGCAACCCCACGGCCGCCUCCACGCCUCGCAGCGAGCGAGUGGCGGGGGGCUGCGACCCCAAAGGCGGGGAGCAGAACACGACGCUGCGGCGGGAGCUGAAGCAGUUCUUCGGCUGGGUGAAGAAACACGCCUACGGCUGCUCCAACCUCGGCAUCAAGCUCUACGACCAGUGGCGCGUGUGGCUGCAGAAAUCGCACAAAACACGCAACCAGGUAGGUAAGGAGUCCUUCCCGGCGAUAAGCUGUAGCCCGCGGGGGACCGAGCGCCGGCAGGAUGGCACGGGGCGCCCGGCGCCCACCCGGGACCGCCCGCGCCCGCCCCGGCCCCGCCGCGGGGGCGCCGGGAGGCGGCCGGGGCGCAGCGCGGCCCCGCAGCCCUGGGGAGCGGGGUGGGGAGAGCUCGGGGGGCCGGGCUGGCCCAGCCCCGGGGGCUCGGCGGCACCGCGGCCCUGCGGCGGCGAGGGGAGCCCGCAGCCCUGCCCGGCCGGGGGAGGCACCGCGGGGCCUUGGCUCCGCCAGCCCGAGCCGCCCCUGGCAUGA